UGGGUAGUUCGGCCUGUAAUUCCCAAGAAGGCAGUCGAAGGCCCGUCAGAAAAAUAAAACAAAAAAUGGAAACAAACAGAGCCGAAGCCGAACGCUUGCUCGGAAUCGGCGAAAAACUAUUGCAGAGCCGUGAUCUCUACAGUUCAAGGGACUUUGCCAUUCUAGCGCAGGAAACGGAACCGCUUCAAGAAGGUUCAGACCAGAUCAUCGCCAUCGUCGAUGUCCUUGUCGCUGCGGAGAAACCCAUCAGCAACAACCACCUCGAUUGGUACGCUAUUCUCCAACUCGAUCGCGGUUGUCAAGACCUUGACCUCAUCAGAAAAAACUAUCGUAGACUCGCCAUUCUCCUUCACCCCGACAAGAACCCUUUCUCCCUUGCUGACCAAGCUUUCAAGCUUGUUGCCGAUGCAUGGGCUGUUUUAUCAGACCCUGUCCAAAAGCCCAUUUAUGAUAACGACAUCUGCCGGUUUGACCUCUCCGGUUCAGUUCACCACGGUAAGUUACCGGUUCGAAGGGGGAACCCCGGUUUGGACGAAUCAGUGAGUUUCUGGACUGCAUGUCCCUACUGUUAUCGUUUGUACGAGUACCCUAGGGUUUACCAGGGUUGUUGUUUGAGGUGCCAGAAUUGCGAAAGAUCCUUCCAUGGCCUUUCCAUUCCGUCUCUGCCUCCACUCGUGCCGGGUCAAGAGGCUUAUUAUUGUCACUGGGGAUUCUUUCCCAUGGGCUUCGUGUUUCCAACUUUGGGUUCUGAGGGGCCUGAGUCUUCCGAGGUUCAUAAUUGGAUCCUGCCGCCCGUGGUGAAUGCUCCCAAUGUAGGGAAACCAGCUGUGGCUGUUGCAAAUGGGGGAUUGGGAUCUGCUCCGCGGAAGCGAGGGAGGCCACGAAAGGUGGUUUGAGUUUUGUGUUGUGGUUUGUUCGGAGCAAUAGAUAUGGAAAACUUGUGGGAAGUUGUUUUUCUUUGUUUAAUUAUCUUUGUUUGUUGUAGAUGUUGUUUAAUGGUUGAUAAUUAUGUAACUCUAGUUCUGUUUAAUGUUACUGUUCUUUUAAAGGAAAUUUAAUCAAGAAUAAGAUUACAGUAAUGUGAUAAUUUUUUUGGUUUAAAUGGAUUCGGGAACUUUCUUCUUUUGGAAACAUGAAUUUUAGAUGGUGCCGUGAAUU